AUGACAACAACGAACCCCAUCCACCUAUACCGGUCUCUCCUCCGGGAAGCCAGCUACCUCCCACUGGCAAGAUGCCGCAGCUACGUCAAGGAUUACAUCAAACAGUCCUUCCACCGGUACCAGCCACGACGUGACCGAGCCCACCUCACAAUCCCCGAUGGCUUCCCACAAGCACACAAGGGCAACCGCGAGCUCACCUUGCAACGACAAGUGGCCCUCCUGAAAAAAGGCCGAAGCUUCCUUUCGAUCCUCACGCGGGCGAACCAAGGCUCGAUGAAACCCUUCGAGAAGAUUCUGAGCAUGACGUACGGUCGGACCGGGCGAAGACGGUACGAGCUCCUCGACGCCUUCAACUCGCCGGUGUUGACCACACGGGGACUUCCGCCGGAGGAGCGAGCGCCGGAGCCUCGUGAUGCGAAACGCUCGCCGCAUUGGAAACCGCCCGCGCACAUGGAGGCCCUACUGGCGAGCCAGGCCAAACAGGAAGGCUACAUGCUCCGCAGCGCAAAACCAAAGGUCAAAACGCCAUUCCAACUCAAACCCGCAACCAACAUCUGGGGGAAACACAUCUCGGAACGACGUAGGACCAACCAACUGCACGAGUGGUAUCUGAACAACACACGGGGUGUCCUCCCACCUCUCCCUGCACAAGAAUACCAAGAACUCCUAAGCAUUGCCACAGGCGAGACUCCAAUGCCAGAUAUACCAACACGCCGGCCCGUCGCUUCCUCUCCCUCUCACUCCCUCCCCUCGCCAUGGGGCGAUGGCACCACCACCGCCGCCGCCUCCAGGACCGAAGAAGCCAACUCCAUCAAAAAGGCAUCCACGCUCCUACUGCGCGGUCCACUAGGCCAGAGACAAGAACGCCUCGCUGCCACCUCCGGCUCCACAUCCAGCUUUGACCGCGCAAUUGCCAGCAACAAUCCCCAGGGUCGGCUCCGAUUCAGAAAACGGUUUAUACAGCGUAGAAUACAACGCACCGUGCUCCAGCAAACACCGCUGGCGCACGUCGCUGAGAAGGCGAAAAGGACCCUUGCCUUCAGCUGGACCGACGGCCGCUCACACGCCAUGGCCUCGAAGGCCGCCCUACCGAAUGUCGCUAACAACCAGAGGCAGACGAAGUUACUAUUUGGUUGA